AUGAAAUCAAGUCGUUUCCAAAUUGACAAUGAUCGAAAACGUCGUUCUACGACAUCAAAUGAUCCUCUGCCUUCUAAACGACCAUAUUUACCUCCUAUUUCUUAUACUUCCCUUGUUAAUUUAAUGGAUAAAUCACCCGAUGAUGUUCUGACUGUAAUGCUUGAUAAAAAUUUUCAAUUACGUAAGUUUUUAAACGAUAAACGUAUGACAGAAAGAUUCGAUUGGAUCUCUUCAAUGACAACAUUACUUGAAAAAACUACUCAAUGUGUUGAAUCACGUGAACAUCUUGGGUCUAUUUUUGGGCAAUUACCCGAUACACCUUAUCUCGAAGGUGUUUAUGAAGACAUUCGAAAACCAGAUCCUAAUACAUAUCAAUUACGUUUCCAAUUUAUUGAAUUAUUUCUUAAAAUCGCCAAUCAAUUUCUUGCUAUGAUGCCUCAUUCAUCUGGUUGUUUAAUCAAAAUUCUUGAACGUAUCGAAUUAUUAAUGUCUAAAAGUUCAUCUGACACAUCAGAAUUCAAAAAUGCAAACGAAAUUCUUUCUGUAGUACUUGAACGUAUAAAAGAAAUUGAAAAACGGCGUGAAUUACUCAACCCAAAGUCUUUGACUACAGUGACUACAAAUGAAAAUAAUUUCGAUCAACCACCGGACGAUUAUCGUCAAUUACCCAUUGUUCCUAGUAUAAAUGAAAUCAGAUUGGAAAAACGACCGUACCUUCGAAAAAAUAUUAUCGAUGGUAUUUAUGAAAGUGCCAAGCAUUAUAUUGAUAUUCAUUUUCGUCUUUUACGUGAAGAUUUUAUUGGACCAUUGCGUGAUGGUAUUCAUCAAUAUUUAUACAAAACAGAAGGCAAAAAUUAUAAUAUUCGAAUCUAUGAGAAUGUCCAUUCACUUGGCUCACAAAUAACACCACGAAGUGGACUUGUUUACAAUCUACGUUUGGAUCCCAAAGUGGCAUGCAGAAUUCAUUGGGCUAAUAGUCGACGUUUAAUCUAUGGAAAUUUAUUACUUUUAACACGUAAUCGUUUUCAAUCAUGUGUAUUUGCUACAGUCGAAGAUCGUUCACGCAUUCAGACGGAAUCUGUUCUCUCAGCUAAAAUAUUAUGUAAUUCUAAUUAUGAUCAACAAACUAUAGAACACCUUGGUAGAAAUGAUUCUUUACAUCCAUUAACAAUGAUUGAAACUAUGACAUUUUUUGAAGCAUAUCGUCCAGUUCUUCGUGCAUUACAAAUAAUGCCAACAGAUGAUACAUUUCCUUUUUCUGAAUUUCUAAUUAAAUUAACACCGGAAAUGAAACCACCAAAUUAUCUAACACAAACAACAACAUAUGAUUUUACACCACUUCUUGUCGAUCCAAAUGGUAAAGUUCAAACUCAUGUGAGUAUGCCAUCAAAAUUUGAUACUCGACAUAUGCUUAAAAUCACCUAUCAACAAGCAAGCGAUAUCGAUACGAAAUAUAAAAGAGUUUCGGUACUGAAUAAAAAUGAAUGGCCAACAAAUGAAGAAUUACAUUUGAAUCCAAAACAAUAUGAAGCAUUGAUCUUAGCUCUAACGAAUAAAAUUGCACUUAUACAAGGCCCACCGGGAACUGGAAAGACUUAUCUUGGUGUACGUAUAACAGAAAUGCUUUUGCAUAAUCGAUCAGUUUGGUGUCCAUCGGAUGAACAAUCCACACCAAUCUUGAUGAUUUGUCAUACGAAUCAUGCUUUGGAUCAGUUUUUAGAAUUGAUCGUAAAUCGUUUGAAUAUAACUAAAGGUAUUAUUCGCGUCGGAAGUCGAUGUCAAAAUCCAAUUAUUCAGAAACUUACAUUAUCUAAAGCACGUGAAUAUGCUCGGAUAACUCGUUGUAUACCAAGUGAUAUCUAUUAUCAAAAAAAAAAGUUAAUGGAGAAGAAGUUCGCAGCAGAAAGACAUUUAAAAGAACUUGAAAGGAAGAUGCAAACAUCACAAACAACUAUACUAACUCUUUCAUUAUUAACGGAAUAUUUUAUUAUUGAUAAUAGACAUAAAACAGCAUUAAUAGAACGACGAAAUGAUCGAGAUGAAGAAAUAUUACUCAGAUGGCUUCACGUUCAUCCUGGAUACGAACAAACAUCUAAAGAUUUGAUUUACAGAGAAGAAGCGAAAACAAGAAAUGAUGGGUAUGAUUUAAACGAAGAAGAAGUAGAAGAAGAACGACGACGAAGAUAUGAUGAGGAUGAAUAUGAACAAUAUUCACCAUCACCAAUUCAAAAAUGUAAAAAAUUUAAAAAGAAUUCCGCAGAUGACCAUCCGUAUCAAUAUGACAGAAAGAAAGCAGAUGAGAACAAUCGACUAAUUAAGUCUAUCAUUCAAACUCCAACAACUCUUACGGAUGAAACGGUUCUAGCAGUCCAUACCGAUAUUUGGACUUUUACUAUGGAACAACGUUAUGAUUUGUAUCGAUAUUGGUUAUCCAAGUAUCAAAAACAUGUAUCUUAUUCAAUCGAAGAAACUAGACCAGAAUAUAAUCAAGCGAUAACAGAUCUUUCUGAAUAUUUUCUUCUACAAGAUUAUUAUAUUUUGAAAGACAGUAUUAUCAUUGCUAUGACAACAACAUGUGCUGCGAAACAUCAUACAAUUCUAGAAAAACUUCAAAGUAAAAUUGUGAUUGUGGAAGAAGCAGCUGCUAUUUUUGAAGCACAUGUUAUUACUGCUUUAAGUACAAAAUGUGAACAUUUAAUACUAAUUGGUGAUCAUGUUCAAUUAAAACCAAAUCCAACUGUAUAUCAACUUGGAACGAAAUAUAAUAUGGAUGUAUCAUUAUUUGAACGAUUAGUUAAGAAUAACUUCCCAAAUGUUAGAUUAAAUAUUCAACAUCGCAUGCGACCAGAAAUUGGCCGUCUUAUGAAACAUUUCUAUGAUGAUUUAGAAGAUGAUAUAAGUGUUAAAACGAAUCGAGAAUCCAUACGUGGUAUUGAUAGUGAUGUAUUUUUUAUUAAUCAUCAGUAUUCCGAUGCAUCUGUUACGGAUGGAAGUUCAAAAUACAAUAAAUUUGAAGCAUUAUAUGCUAUUGAAUUAGCAAAAUAUUUAAUUAAACAGAACUAUGGACCACAACAAAUAACUAUACUUGUUAUGUAUCUUGGUCAAAAACAAUUGAUUGUUAAAAAAAUGAAAGAGAAGAGAGAUUUACAUGGAAUUCGAAUUAUGGUAACAGAUAAUUAUCAAGGUGAAGAAAAUGAUAUAAUUAUAUUAUCAUUAGUUCGGAGUAAUAUAGAAAAACGGAUUGGUUUUCUUAAAAUACACAAUCGAAUAUGUGUUGCCUUAUCACGUGCACGGUGUGGACUUUUUGUUCUGGGAAACAUGGAUAUACUAGCAGAAGUUGAUGAGAAAUGGAAACAGAUUAUGACAUCUCUAGUAGAAACAAAUCAUAUUGGAAGCGGUUUAUGUCUGUCUUGUCGACAACAUCCAGAAGAUAAAACUAUAGCAGAUAAAAUUGAAUCGUUUGCACAACGACCAGAAGGUGGUUGUCGUAAAAGAUGUGAUGCUCGACUUAAAUGUGGUCAUUGUUGUGAAUCAUUAUGUCAUAAUUAUGAUCUUGAACAUGCAGAAGUAACAUGCCAUCAGAAAUGUUAUGAACGAUUAUCAUGUGGUCAUUUAUGUCAAAAGCAAUGUCAUUAUGAGAAUUUCAAUCGACACGAUCAAUGCCGUGUUACUGUUGACAAGAAAAUUCCUGAAUGUGGACAUGAAAUUCGUGUUCAUUGUUCUGAAACACCGGAUGUUAAAGGUUGUCAAAAAACAUCACCGGCAAGAUUACCUUGUGGUCACAUUAUUAAUGUUCCAUGUCACUUACUUGAAUCACCAGAUGAAUUAAAACGAUAUCCUUGUCUGAAACCAUGUAAUACAAUACUUGCUUGCGAACACAAAUGCGUAGGAACUUGUAGUACUUGUUUUACCGGGAGAUUGCAUGUUCCUUGUGGACAAAAAUGUGAACGUGAAUUAAUAUGUUCACAUGUAUGUAAAGAAUCUUGUGCAGCAAACUGUCCGUUAUGUACUCGGGAUUGUCAGACACGUUGUGUGCAUUCGAGAUGCCGAAAGAAAUGCGGAGAACUUUGCAUACCAUGUAGAGAGCCAUGUGCUUAUAAAUGCAAACAUUUGAAAUGUACUCGUCGAUGUUCUGAACUCUGUAAUCGUGAACCAUGUAAUAAACCGUGCUAUGAAAAAUUAAGAUGCGGUCACCAAUGUAUUGGUUUGUGUGGUGAACCAUGUCCUUGGAAAUGUCGUAUAUGCGAUAAAAGUAUUGUUCAAGAAAUAUUCUUUGGCACUGAAGACGAACCUGAUGCGCGAUUUGUUUUCUUACCUGAUUGCAGACAUAUUAUUGAAGUUACUUCACUUGAUAGACACAUAAAUGAGUUUGUAAAUGAAUCAAAUGCAAAUACAGCCAUUCGGUUUCCUGAAUGUCCACGUUGUCGACAAAGAAUUUAUCGUUGUACACGAUAUACAUCAGUUUUAAAUCGCGUAUAUAAUUUAAUAGCUCAAGUUAAAAAGAAAAUAUUGGGUCAUACAUCUGAUGAAGAAAUUAGUGAACAACGAGAGCAAAUAUUAGCAGAACAUAAGAUAAUGAUAAUCAAUUUAAAAGAAAUUGUUCUUGCUCAAACUCAAAUAGAUUUUUUUUCGAAAUUAUAUGAUAAGAAAUAUUUCUUUUCAAAUGAUAAAUUAAAUUUAAUGGCAAACAUUAUUCGAUUUCUCAAUCAUAUGGACACAAUUUUAAUUCAUGGACGUAUCAAAUUGCAAGAAGAUAUAUUUAAAGAAUUCGUUCAUCGUCCAAUACUUUAUAUUGUGGAAUAUUUAUAUAAACAAAAAUGUGGAAGAAAUUUUGCUCAACAACAAUUAAAUGAUAUUCAAUGGGAAUUAAAACGUAUUCGUCGAGUAAUUUAUAUUGAAAAUUUUAUUGGCACAUUACAGAAAGAAUUAGACGAACAUGAACAAGUUGCUAUUGAUUCGAUGAGAAAACUAACAAGAAAGAUUGGCCCAUUUACAAAUGAGAAUAAAAUACAAUUUGAUGAUUUAGUUAAAAAAUUUAAAUAUUUAAACAAUUUACCUGGUUUAGGAAUAACUGAAAAGGAACGAAAAGCUAUUGUUACUGCACUGAACAUGACUAAAGGCCAUUGGUAUACUUGUCCAAAAGGACAUCCUUAUAUUAUCACCGAAUGCGGCGGUGCUAUGCAGGAAAGUCAAUGUCCAGAAUGUGGUGAACGAAUUGGUGGACAAAAUCAUCAUUUAAUCGAAACAAAUCAACAUUUUGGUUUGAUGGAUGGGUCACAAUAUGGAGCUUGGUCAAAUGAAGCGAAUUUACAGUUACCGCACUUGCCAGACGUUUAA